UAUAGAUUUUGGUCUUAACUGGCAGUUUCUGAAUCAUGUAACACUGCACUUCUGGAGCCUUUCCAUGAUGCAUUUAACCCCGGCGUGAUGCUACUUAAGUCUUACGUAAUGAAAAGAUAAUUUCCAAAGUUUCCGCCUCUAUCCUCAUGUUUCCACCGAUGCAAUUACACAUUUCCAACAGCCUUUUUUAGAUUCCAUGACAAGAAUAUCUUACAGACGAAAGAACAUCGAAUGGAGAGUCAGAAAGCCUGAGUUCUAGUCCUGACUGCCAGUAACUAGCGGAGAAACAUGAACCAAAAGAUACUGAAGUUGGAGAACUUGCUACGAUUUCACGCUGUCUGUAGGCAGAUUCACAGCCCAGGUCAAAGAAGAAUGUUAGCACAUCAGAAAUACGUGCUUUCAAAUGCAUACCCAGUGCGGCUGCCUCAGCUGUAUGCCUGGCCCUGGCAAACAUGCACACUCAUCAGGACUGCUUUAUCUCAAUAUAGGCUUCUAGUAACAAAGAAGGAAGAAAGAUCACGGAAAUCUCAGUUAUCUUCAACAAAAUCUAAAAAGGAAGUAAAGGUGUGGAUUGGAAUGACUGUUGAGGAUCUGGCCAGAGCAAUGGAAAAAGACAUAGAUUAUGUGUACGAAGCUUUAAUGAAUACUAAAGUUGACAUAGACUCACUAGAAGCAGACUCACAUUUAGAUGAAGUCUGGAUCAAAGAAAUAAUAAAGAAGGCAGGGAUGAAGUUAAUAUGGAGCAGAUUAAAAGAAGACAAAGUCAGAGAAAAUAAAGAUGCUGUAAGAAGGCCCCAGGCAGAUCCAGCUUUGUUAACCCCAAGGUCCCCUGUUGUUACUAUUAUGGGGCAUGUUGAUCAUGGGAAAACGACAUUACUUGACAAACUGCGAAAAACUCAAGUGGCAGCAACGGAAGCUGGAGGCAUCACGCAACACAUUGGUGCCUUUCUGGUUUCUCUGCCUUCUGGGGAAAAAAUAACCUUUCUUGAUACUCCAGGACAUGCUGCAUUCUCAGCAAUGAGAGCCAGAGGUGCCCAAGUCACUGACAUUGUCAUAUUGGUUGUAGCUGCAGAUGAUGGUGUAAUGAAACAAACUGUAGAAUCUAUUCAGCAUGCCAGAGAUGCUCAAGUUCCUGUUGUCCUUGCCAUAAAUAAAUGUGACAAAGCUGAGGCUGAUCCUGAAAAAGUGAAAAAAGAACUGCUAGCUUAUGAUGUGGUUUGCGAGGACUGUGGUGGUGAUGUCCAGGCAGUGCCUGUCUCUGCGCUCACGGGUGAUAAUCUGAUGGCUUUGGCAGAGGCAAUAAUUGCUCUUGCAGAGAUGUUAGAACUGAAAGCAGAUCCCACUGGUCCAGUGGAAGGAACAGUAAUAGAAUCUUUCACAGAUAAAGGAAGAGGGCCUGUUACUACAGCUAUAAUUCAAAGAGGAACGCUGAGAAAAGGUUCCAUUCUGGUUGCUGGAAAGAGUUGGGCAAAAGUACGAUUAAUGUUUGAUGAAAAUGGAAAAACAAUCAAUGAGGCCUAUCCUAGCAUGCCAGUAGGAAUUGUAGGCUGGAAAGACCUCCCUUCUGCAGGAGAUGAAAUUCUUGAAGUAGAAUCUGAGCCAAGGGCUCGUGAAGUUGUUGACUGGAGGAAGUAUGAGCAAGAACAAGAGAAAAAUAAAGAGGAUCUGAAAAGAAUAGAAGAAAAGCGAAAGGAACAUCAAGAUGCCCAUAGGAAGGCCCGUGAGAAGUAUGGCACUUUGCACUGGAAGGAGAGGUCAUUUAUGAAGUACCAAGAAAAAAAAGAACAAAAACCCUUAAAGCCAAAAGAGAAAGCAGAAAGAGAUUUAAAUGUACUUCCUAUAAUAAUUAAAGGUGACGUUGAUGGUUCUGUUGAGGCCAUUUUGGACAUUAUGGAUACCUAUGAUGCAGCACAUGAGUGUGAACUAGAAUUAGUACAUUUUGGUGUGGGUGAUAUUAGUGAAAAUGAUGUUAACCUUGCUGAAACUUUUCACGGUGUUGUAUAUGGCUUCAAUGUGAAUGCAGGCAAUGUUAUCCAGCAGUCAGCUGCAAAAAAAGGAGUAAAAAUUAAACUUCACAAAAUCAUUUACCGCCUUAUUGAAGAUUUGCAAGAAGAACUGAGCAGCAGAUUGCCCUGCGCUGUGGAGGAGCACCCAGUAGGUGAGGCCUCUGUACUAGCUACAUUCUUUGUAACAGAAGGAAAGAAAAAAGUUCCUGUGGCUGGCUGCAGAGUCCAUAAGGGACAGUUAGAAAAACAAAAAAAAUUUAAAUUAAUUCGUAAUGGAGAUGUAAUUUGGAAGGGUUUGUUAACCUCUCUGAAACACCAUAAAGAUGAUGUUUCAGUCAUCAAAACUGGAAUGGACUGUGGUGUCAGUUUGGAUGAAGAAAAGAUAGAAUUUAAAAUAGGAGAUGAAAUUGUGUGUUAUGAAGAAAAGGAAGUUCCAACCAAGACAUCUUGGGAUCCAGGAUUUUAAAAUUGUAUAGCUAAAUAUUUUGUUCUGUUGAAGAUAUUAAUUCACCAGUACUGGUCAUAGUGGCCAUAUAUUCUGUCAAACAAAAUGCUGUCGAAAUUGUACUUUAUGAAAACCUCCACUUAGAAAUGGCAAGACAAGUGUUCGGUAGAGAAUUGUCAUUGGUGAUAUUAGUGAAUGUAAUAUUUUAAUAAACAUCAAU